GCGUUUAGUAUGGAUGUGCGUUUAUUUGUGAAAAAGGGAGAUAGAAAAACAAAGCGAGCGUCAUUUCAUAUAAUUUCAUAUUUUUUACAAUUUAUCAGCAAAAUAAUUUGUUAUAAAUUUUGUGUCGUGUGUGAUGUGCUUAAGCAACGUAUUCGGAAGUGAUUUAAUAAUUGUUUAACGUUAUCAAUAACUGAACAAAUUGUACUUUUAUAAAAUACCUAACCUUAUAUGAAAAGUGUAAGAAAAGUAAAUGACAAAAUGAAAGAAGAGGCGCGAAAUAAAAAAGUGCCGCCUAAAAAGUCCAACGACGAAAUACUGAGUGCACUUUAUCGUCACAACAAUUUCGAUUCAAUUAAAGAUGAAUCGCUGGACAUUGAUAUAUCUGCAUGUGUUACGAUUAAUGCCGAUGGAUUAAUAAAUGGUAGCAGUCUGUCGUCAUCGGAUUUUUGGCGUGUACUGGACGAAAGCGCACGCAAUUCUGAGCUCGACGAUGUGCUAAUGAGUAAUCAUGAUUCCUCAAGUUUACGUGAAUUUUGUCAAGAUAGAGAUGCUACUAAUUCUUGUUCAUCUAUGAAAAGUUUAACAAAUGGCUUGGGUAAGGUGAAAAAUGAUCAGCCAAAUUCAUUUAGUGGGACUUUUGUGAGACCAGAGCCGCCUAGUUCAUUACUAUUUUCGCCAAUUAAAAAGGCAGUGGUUAAAAGUCCACCAGACUUUCGACAAUUUAAAAUCAAAGAUCAGAUUGGAUCUCAAUUCGAUUGUAAAACAACAAAGACAGCAGCUGCCAUUAAGGAGGAGCCAAUUGACCAAGAGGCUGCUGCUAAGUUAGUCAUUAAAAGUAAAGCGAUCUCAAAUUCCAGUACAAGCUCUGAACCAAUUCAGUGUUCGCGUAGCACUACAAAUGUCUCUACAACAACGGCGACGACGACCACGACAGUGGGCACCCAAAAUCAAGAAUCUACUGUAUAUAUAGCUCCAACCACGCGCUUUAAAUGUUUGGACUGCAAUUCUAUUUUUCUGAAAGACCGUCAGGACUAUGUUACGCAUUAUAUUGCCAAACAUCGUAUAAAAUUUGUUUGCAGCGAAUGCAACCGCGAAUUUGAACAGGAAGUUGGACUCAAGAAACAUUUCAAAUCUCACCGACCUACAGAUGGACGCAAAGAUACCUGGAAGAUAUGCCCCGAAUGCGGCAAGUGUCUUAAGCAUGGCAGCAUGUGGAUGCAUCGAAAAAUUCAUAGUGAAAACAAGCAAUACGGCUGUGAUAUUUGUGGCCAAAAAUUCGUGCAGAAAAUUAAUCUCACACACCAUUCACGCAUGCACACAGCUGAAAAACCCUACGAAUGUCCAGAAUGUCAGAAAAGAUUCCAGGAACGAUCUCACUUGCAACGUCACCAAAAGUACCACGCACAAAUACGUUCCUUUCGUUGCGAUAAAUGUGGUAAAAUGUACAAAACGGAACGGUGUCUUAAAGUUCACAAUCUAGUGCAUUUGGAGCAACGGCCGUUUGCGUGCAAAGUUUGUGAUAAAUCUUUCAUUAGUAAUUCCAAGCUGAAGCAACAUUCAAAUAUACAUACAGGUGAACGGCCGUUCAAGUGCAACUAUUGCCCACGAGAUUUUACAAACUUUCCUAAUUGGUUAAAGCACACCCGUCGACGCCAUAAAGUCGAUCAUAAGACCGGCGAGCAUUUGGAAAACAUUCCUUCAUAUUGUUCCAAAAAAUCUACAAAAGCAGCGACAAAACCUGCCGCGCCGCCUAAGAUUGCACCUAAGCCUAACGAAGCAGAUAAGGAAGUUGUUACAAAACCACAAAUAAAACGUAAUAAUAACAAACGCGUUCAAGCAGCAAACGAUAAACAAAAAAACGAAAAGAAUUGUCUCGAUAUAACGCAAAACACUGAUAAAAAAACUGAAAUUGCCGGAGAAAACGUGGACUCUGUAAUGCAAAAGUCAAAACGCGAAAGAAAGCAAUUAACACCGAAACAAGUGCAGGAGGCACCAGUCGAAGAAAAAGCUACAGAAGCGCCAGCAACCACGAAUAAUAUAAAACGCGAAAUCGUUGAUAAUUGUGGAUUUCCUGACCUGCACACGUUAAGCAUAACCUCAGCUGAGGAAUUCAUAAUGGAACAAGCCCUGCAAAUGGAGGAGUGCGGCUUAUAUGAAUCGCCUGUGGUCGAUACGGACAACGCUAUUUCUGCUGAAACUGCAGCCGAAAUGCACUUCAAAAUAAAACGAGAAAUAUCAGCAAACGAAAUAAAGCGUGAAGAAAAUUUUUUAUUAAAUGGAGCAAAUCAACGUCUUAUCUGCUCUUCAUUGGAAUCAUCACCGUUUUCGUCGCCGGCUUCAAUUGAGUUAUCUUCAACGAAGCUACCUUUGACUUGUCCGCCAUUUCAAUCUGAAAUCCCAAACGGCAACUUGUUCUUCCUACCUUCUACAGUGGCAGUAAAUAACUCAAACGUGGUACCUAUAAAAUUACAAAACGAUAUGGACAACGCAGCCUCAAUUUCAAACGUAAAUAUCGAUUCUCCAUUGUUGCCACAAUUGCCAUCCAUGCAAUUCGAGGACGAACAAUUGCCGUCACAUCAUACAUCAACUCAAACGAGUCAGCUAUUACUGAACCAACUUUACUUGCCGAUGACCGUCAGCAUGCCCUUCAUGAUGCAGUCGAAUCAGAUGCUGCCAUCCGUUAAUACGUUGCUCUUCACCACACCCAAUAGUAAUAAUUAUUUGUAUGGAAACAAUGACGUUCCAACAACAGCAGCCACAACAACAACAGCACAGCAAAAUUUGUGUGAACUCCAAGUGAGUUUACCAUCUAGGACAACACCUAGGUACUUUGUUUCACUGGAAAGAGAAAUAUUAGUGUUUCCUAAACGUACGGGACCUAUGUCUAGUUUACGUUUGAGUGUGAAAGGCACAACAACAGUUUUCUCCGGAUUUAUGGAGAGACCCUCACUUUCGCACCACGCUAAAAUGCGUCGAAGGUGCCCUACCAAGAUCUCUGAUAGACUGCUACCAUGCUUUCCAGAUACUAUUAUAACUAGAUCGUCUGCAUACCCAAUGGCGUCACAACCAAUAUUCUCCAACAAGAUUAAAAGUUCAUCAACAACCACUGACCAGAGCAAAGGAGACAGUACUCCACCCUGUGGGCAACCUUUUGCGGCCUCAACAGCUACAGACGUUCUACCUAAGGUUGAUCCUUAUAUGAAAAGUGUAAGAAAAGUAAAUGACAAAAUGAAAGAAGAGGCGCGAAAUAAAAAAGUGCCGCCUAAAAAGUCCAACGACGAAAUACUGAGUGCACUUUAUCGUCACAACAAUUUCGAUUCAAUUAAAGAUGAAUCGCUGGACAUUGAUAUAUCUGCAUGUGUUACGAUUAAUGCCGAUGGAUUAAUAAAUGGUAGCAGUCUGUCGUCAUCGGAUUUUUGGCGUGUACUGGACGAAAGCGCACGCAAUUCUGAGCUCGACGAUGUGCUAAUGAGUAAUCAUGAUUCCUCAAGUUUACGUGAAUUUUGUCAAGAUAGAGAUGCUACUAAUUCUUGUUCAUCUAUGAAAAGUUUAACAAAUGGCUUGGGUAAGGUGAAAAAUGAUCAGCCAAAUUCAUUUAGUGGGACUUUUGUGAGACCAGAGCCGCCUAGUUCAUUACUAUUUUCGCCAAUUAAAAAGGCAGUGGUUAAAAGUCCACCAGACUUUCGACAAUUUAAAAUCAAAGAUCAGAUUGGAUCUCAAUUCGAUUGUAAAACAACAAAGACAGCAGCUGCCAUUAAGGAGGAGCCAAUUGACCAAGAGGCUGCUGCUAAGUUAGUCAUUAAAAGUAAAGCGAUCUCAAAUUCCAGUACAAGCUCUGAACCAAUUCAGUGUUCGCGUAGCACUACAAAUGUCUCUACAACAACGGCGACGACGACGACAACCACUACAGUGGGCACCCAAAAUCAAGAAUCUACUGUAUAUAUAGCUCCAACCACGCGCUUUAAAUGUUUGGACUGCAAUUCUAUUUUUCUGAAAGACCGUCAGGACUAUGUUACGCAUUAUAUUGCCAAACAUCAUAUAAAAUUUGUUUGCAGCGAAUGCAACCGGGAAUUUGAACAGGAAGUUGGACUCAAGAAACAUUUCAAAUCUCACCGACCUACAGAUGGACGCAAAGAUACCUGGAAGAUAUGCCCCGAAUGCGGCAAGUGUCUUAAGCAUGGCAGCAUGUGGAUGCAUCGAAAAAUUCAUAGUGAAAACAAGCAAUACGGCUGUGAUAUUUGUGGCCAAAAAUUCGUGCAGAAAAUUAAUCUCACACACCAUUCACGCAUGCACACAGCUGAAAAACCCUACGAAUGUCCAGAAUGUCAGAAAAGAUUCCAGGAACGAUCUCACUUGCAACGUCACCAAAAGUACCACGCACAAAUACGUUCCUUUCGUUGCGAUAAAUGUGGUAAAAUGUACAAAACGGAACGGUGUCUUAAAGUUCACAAUCUAGUGCAUUUGGAGCAACGGCCGUUUGCGUGCAAAGUUUGUGAUAAAUCUUUCAUUAGUAAUUCCAAGCUGAAGCAACAUUCAAAUAUACAUACAGGUGAACGGCCGUUCAAGUGCAACUAUUGCCCACGAGAUUUUACAAACUUUCCUAAUUGGUUAAAGCACACCCGUCGACGCCAUAAAGUCGAUCAUAAGACCGGCGAGCAUUUGGAAAACAUUCCUUCAUAUUGUUCCAAAAAAUCUACAAAAGCAGCGACAAAACCUGCCGCGCCGCCUAAGAUUGCACCUAAGCCUAACGAAGCAGAUAAGGAAGUUGUUACAAAACCACAAAUAAAACGUAAUAAUAACAAACGCGUUCAAGCAGCAAACGAUAAACAAAAAAACGAAAAGAAUUGUCUCGAUAUAACGCAAAACACUGAUAAAAAAACUGAAAUUGCCGGAGAAAACGUGGACUCUGUAAUGCAAAAGUCAAAACGCGAAAGAAAGCAAUUAACACCGAAACAAGUGCAGGAGGCACCAGUCGAAGAAAAAGCUACAGAAGCGCCAGCAACCACGAAUAAUAUAAAACGCGAAAUCGUUGACAAUUGUGGAUUUCCUGACCUGCACACAUUAAGCAUAACCUCAGCUGAGGAAUUCAUAAUGGAACAAGCCCUGCAAAUGGAGGAGUGCGGCUUAUAUGAAUCGCCUGUAGUCGAUACGGACAACGCUAUUUCUGCUGAAACUGCAGCCGAAAUGCACUUCAAAAUAAAACGAGAAAUAUCAGCAAACGAAAUAAAGCGUGAAGAAAAUUUUUUAUUAAAUGGAGCAAAUCAACGUCUUAUCUGCUCUUCAUUGGAAUCAUCACCGUUUUCAUCGCCGGCUUCAAUUGAGUUAUCUUCCACGAAGCUACCUUUGACUUGCCCGCCAUUUCAAUCUGAAAUCGCAAACGGCAACUUGUUCUUCCUACCUUCUACAGUGGCAGUAAAUAACUCAAACGUGGUACCCAUAAAAUUACAAAACGAUAUGGACAACGCAGCCUCAAUUUCAAACGUAAAUAUCGAUUCUCCAUUGUUGCCACAAUUGCCAUCCAUGCAAUUCGAGGACGAACAAUUGCCGUCACAUCAUACAUCAACUCAAACGAGUCAGCUAUUACUGAAUCAACUUUACUUGCCGAUGACCGUCAGCAUGCCCUUCAUGAUGCAGUCGAAUCAGAUGCUGCCAUCCGUUAAUACGUUGCUCUUCACCACGCCCAAUAGUAAUAAUUAUUUGUAUGGAAACAAUGACGUUCCAACAACAGCAGCCACAACAACAACAGCACAGCAAAAUUUGACCUAAUCUAAAAAUAUUCGUUUCAUUUACUGACCAUUGACCACUGACCCAGACUUUUCUCAAUUUCUAUGUAGAUUAGUUUUGUGCAUUUAGAUUAUAAAACGGUUGCAGUUUGCAGUACAAAUGUUAAGAAAUUCGGAUAGAGAUAGAUAUAAGUUCAAUAUUUACUCGUAUGUACCACAAGCGAUGUAUAUAGGGUGUAAGUAAAGGUUUGAAUAUUAUAAAUGUGCUACAUUAGUGUCCAGAACUAUGUAUAGGUUUGUAUGACUAAUUAUUGUGUUAUGUUUUAUGUAAUGUAAUAAAUUUAAUUUCAAAUCACUAGAUAAGAUAAGUAAAUCAAAUAUUGGACAGCAUUUUAAUAAAAAAAACAAUUUAAAGAACUUUGCUGAACGCAUGCAGUGCAUGUGACGAUUUGUGCAAAGUGAUUUAAGAAACCUCCGAACAUACUGUUUCGAUUACGAGGCAUUUCCUAUCGCGUUUUCUAAUAACUUGUGUUAAAUAUACAAAAACAUUUUAUAUAAAUAAUUAUAUAUAUUAAAUAUAUUUUCUGUAUAGGUUUAAGUAUUUUGACAAGUG